AUGCGCAACCACCUCAAUGGCGAAAGAGAGCUUGUUAAUUAUAAAUCAAAGGAAUUCAAGUGUGAUAAAUGCAUGAUCAAAUUUUGUGGAAGGGACAUGUUAGUGAAACACAUUAAGAAGUGUCAUGAAAAAAAUGUUGAAUCAUAUGUAUGUGAUAUAUGUAAUAGACGGUUGUCAGACAGGUGCAAAUUGUCAAGGCAUGUCCAGAGUCACUAUUUUAUGUACAAAUGCAGGGUUUGCAAUUACCAUUGUUACAAGAAAAAUGAUAGAUCGAGACAUGUGGGGACAGACCACAGUACAGUAUUGCAGUGUGUGAAAUGUGAAUUGUUGUUUGGGUGCCGCCAAGAAUUCUUCAAGCACUACAAGGAGUGGCACCAAAAGUUUGUGUGUGAUACGUGCGGUAUCAGUUUCACGAUGAGAUAUUGUAUCAAGGAUCAUAUACGGAAGCAGCACUCUCCAUUCGAGUGCAGGCCCUGCUCGAAGCUGUUCGCGCGCUACAACGGUCUGUGGCUGCACAACAAGGUGCGCCACGGCGCGCCCACUCCGCCCGCAUACUGCGUCGAGUGCGACAGGCGCUACCCGGACCGGUACAGCUACGGGUGGCACCUGGCGAACAGCGUGCGCCACCGGCCGCGACCGAAGCGCAGGAUCCCGUGCCCGGAAUGCGAUAAAGUGUUCUCAAAAAACAUCUACAUGAAGGACCACUACAAUCUGGUACACUUGAAAAAUUUCAAAUAUCGCUGCGAGGAGUGCAACAAGAACUUUAUCCGUAACGCCGAUCUGAAGAAGCACAAUCGCAGGGUCCACGAAGGAAUCAUGCCGCCCAAGAACAAAAUCUGUUACGUGUGCGGCCGAGGAUUCACCACCAACAAGAUCCUGGCCAACCAUCUGCGGACCCACACCGGGGAGCGUCCGUUCGCUUGUGCUCAGUGCCCGUCGCGCUUCGCCCAGUCGUCCGCCCUCGCUUCCCACGUGCGCUCGAUCCACGGCCGA